UGCGUCACCGGAAGUGCGACGAUUCGGCGUGGUUAUAGGCCGUGAGGAAACCUAUUGGCCAAACGCCCUCCCUCCAACACUUGCCUUAUUUGAAGGAGAAGACAAGAGUCUCAAAAUGUCACUUAAACCUUCUCAACUCAAGAAGCUAAAAAAAAGGGCAUUCUUUUCCAAACAGAGCGGAAAAUAUGUAUGUUUUACUUGCAAAAUUCCAUUUGGGUCUUCUCAGGAGCUUCGUAUACAUUAUAUAGAUACCAAUCAUAAUUUUGGUUCAGUGAUACGAGAGAACGCAAGACAAGCCACUGGAGACAAUCCUAUUUUACCAGAUUCUACGAAACAAAAAAAAAAAAAGAUUGAAUUAAUUGACUCCAAGCAUACUGUUUUGCAAGCUUACUACAAUCAAGAGUUGAGAGAACCAGUUGUUGGCCUGGAAUAUGUGGUAGAAUACAAAGGUCAAAAUGUUAAAGAGGGCCCUUAUGCAUGUGAACUCUGUAAGUUUGAUGGGGAUGUUUACAGCAUAAUACAGCAUCUUACUAGCUUCAAACAUAGAAAGAUUUUUAUGGCCAAAAAAUAUCCAUUUGUAUUGAAAGCUCCGCUCAGUGAAAGUGAAAAUAAAAUUCAUUUUCUCAAGAGAAUGGCUCGGGAAAUUGAGAAAGAAGAAGGGAAAAAAUUCUAUAGGGUUAAACCAGAUCGUACAUACCAAGCAAUGAAACAGGAGCUACCGGCAUAUAAAGCCUUACAGGAGAGAAGUUAUAACAAGUGGCACUUGGGACAAAAUAAGCACAUUAUAAUGAACAGUGCCUUGGACUAUUUGGAUUCAUUUGAGUUGGACUCAGACUCUGAAAUAAACAACGUAAAGGAAAUUGCACAGAAGAUGGCUUUGGGUCUAAGAAUGUAUGCCUUAAGCGCAAAUCAAAAUACAGCUUUUACUGUCCAAGCUAAUAAUGUGGCUUUAGCAAUAUUAGAAUCUACUAAUAAACUGGGCACUUUUGAAAAACCAUCUCAGCUACAUAUUGGACCUGGAAAAGAACAUAACCAAGUAGCUACAGGAGAAAGCCGGGAUAGCCAAACACAUAGCUCAAACCAUCCAGUGGCCAAUGAUUCUCAGAGCUUCCUAAAUAGUGCAAGUGUUUUACCACACCAAGAAGCAUGGAAAUCCCUUCAGUCAAGUCAACCUGUGAAUCAAAGAGGAGUGUAUGCUCAGCCCUGUAAUGAUGUGCUUACUGAAACUGGACCAGCUCAGAAAUUGAAGUUUUCCCAGUCAAGCCAGGAUCCAACUCAGAAAACAGGAAGUGGCCUAAAAAUAGAUACCCCUAUGUUGAGUCAAGAAUGUGCUCAAAAUAACACGUCUCAGUCGGUCCAAUACUCUAAUAUGCAGACAGAUUCUCUUCCUAAAAAUGCUACGGCUUCAGAAAAAAUCCAGUUUUUCAAGAAAUUAAUGGAUCUUUUGUCUGCAGUGCCCAAACAUAAAUUAGAUAAUGUCCAAGUGGACCCAAAACUUGUGCUUUUAAAAGCCCUUUUAAAAAACAAAUCACAAAGCUCAGCAAACAUGUCUGCUGUAGGAACAAAUGUGAUUAAUGUGGAUACUAGUCAACUAAAUCCAAAUUCAAUUAAGCAGGUGUCAUCGAUGGCCCAGAAUAAUAGCACAAAAAAUGCUCAGUCAAAUCCAGAUGAUCACACAGAACUUUUGACAAAUCAGCACUUAGUUAACCAAAUAAAGUCUUUUCAAAUGCUGGUAAUCCUUACACUCAAAAAAUCAAUUUCAAAUAUGCAGAUUCAGCAAGACUAUAUUAGCACUAAACAAAACUAUGGAUAUGAAGGGUCACAGGGGACCAAAGUCGACCCCAUGCUCUACCAUGGGUCUUUAGCCAAUGCUCCGUAUUCUAAUGCUGAUUUUAGGACAUAUGCAACAGAUGAAAUCCCACAAAAUCAAUAUUCAGAUGAUGCAUUGUAUCCUUAUUCUCAAAAAUAUGGUUUGGAAAGUACACGUGGCUCAUCUUUUUCUGAGCAGUCCGCAGUUGAUAUAGCUGCAAAUACAUCUGCAUAUCAAAAUGAUGGCUACUUAAAACACUCUGCAACAAAUGUAGAUUCAGGUCCAUCUGUGUAUCAGAGUUAUAAUUAUGUAGAACAACAACCUGGUACAUCUUAUGCAGAUUCGUAUUUAUCAACCACUGUAUCUGAAAUAGCCAAGUCAAUUCAAAAUAAAAUGCAGCAGGAAUAUUCUCAGACUAGAGAAGAGAUUUAUACUCAACUGGCUGAUGAAAGAAGGAGAGAACUAACAUCCCACUCAAGAUCACCCAUUUAUGUAUCUACAAAUGAUUACGAACAACCAGUUUGGGAAAAAUGUAACUCACAUACUAGAGACAGGGAAUGUGACAGAGGGGAUAUGUAUAGUACCAAGAGAGCUCGUAUGGAUACAGAUCACAAUCGCCCUUUUUCUAGUUUGGAGAGGAUCUCUCAUCGUAGUUCUAAAUAUCCAACCAGUUCACCUGAUAUAAAUAAAGAGGACUUACCAGCAGACAUAUUAAAAAGGAUAAAAGGAAAGGAUGAAUUUACAGUUUCAGCAAUCCUUAGCGAAUAUGCAGAAAGACGUUGGUCAAAAUAAAAAAUUUUUUCACAAGAGAAAGAUCGAAAUCAAGCAAGAAUCUGAAAGUUUAUUCAGAGAGCUAAAAAGUUUUGAGUUCUUGUACAUAUAUUUUGUUGAAAUACAUAAACCUUAUUAGCCAUGUAUUUUAGAGCUAGAGGGAUAACAGUAUACAGUAACAUUCAGCAGUUUAAAAAAAUAUGUAUGCACUGUAAAUAAACGGUUUGAACCUUGAGCCCAAAAUCAAGCGAAAACCUGAAUCCUUGGAUUUUGAAACUAUAGUUCAUAGAUUAUUUUGUAAUUUAAAGUGUCAUCUGUUUUACUGGCUGAUUCACAGUGUAGCUUAUGUCACUUUCUGUAAAACAACAUUAUGUAAAAAGUGUUUUGAUGCAAACCCAAUAAAACUCUUUACUGUUAA